CUCCCGGGCGGCGGCGGCGGGGCCGGAGCGGCGCGGCGCGGCGGCGGGGACAAGACCAGGGUAGGAGGGAAUCGGCCGACCGGCUGGCAGUGACCCGCACAGCCAGCACCAUGCUGUCCUGGAGGCUGCACACGGGCCCGGAGAAGGCCGAACUGCAGGAGCUCAACGUCCGGCUCUAUGACUAUGUGUGCCGAGUGCGGGAACUGGAGCGCGAAAACCUGCUCCUGGAAGAGGAGCUGCGCGGCCGGCGGGGGCAGGAGGGACUGGAGGCCGAGGGGCAGGCGCGCUGGGCGGAGGAGGCGCGCUGCUUGAGGCAGCAGCUGGACGAGCUGAGCUGGGCCACGGCGCUGGCCGAGGGAGAGCGCGAUGCGCUGAGGCGCGAGCUGCGGGAACUGGGGCUGCUGGCCGAGGAGGCGCGCGCCGCCCGCCGCCGCCUGGACGCCGAGCUGAGCGCUGAGCGGCGCGAGCUGCAGGAGGCCCUGGGCGCGCGCGCCGCCCUCGAGGCCCUGCUGGGCCGGCUGCAGGCGGAAUGCCGUGGCAUCCACGAGGCCCAUGAACGCGACGUUCGAGAACUUCGCGCGCGCUCCUCCGGCCUUACCCUGAGCUACAGCGCCCGCGCCGCCCGCUCCGCCGCGCCCCCACAGCGCCUGCAGGAGGUGCACGACAGCUACACGCUGCUGGUUGCGGAAUCGUGGCGGGAGACCGUACAGAUGUACGAGGACGAGGUGCGCAAGCUGGAGGAGGCACUGCGGCGUGGCCAGGAGAGCCGGCGCCAGGCGGAGGAGGAGAAGCGGCUGUGCGCGCAGGAGGCGGAGGCACUGCAGCGCCAGGCGCUGGAGCUGGAGCAGUUGCGUGCGCUGCUGGAGGACGAGCUGCUUCGGUUGCGCGAGGCCUAUGAACAGCAGGCGGAGGAGCGGCAGAGUGUGAUCGCCCACCUGGAGGAUGAGAAGGCCGCCCUCAGCCUGGCCAUGGCCGACCGGCUGCGGGACUAUCAGGACCUGGUGCAGGUGAAGACCAGCCUCAGCCUGGAGGUGGCAACCUACCGCGCCUUAUUGGAAGGAGAAAGUAACCCGGAGAUACUGGUCUUGACUGAGCGCAUCGAAAGCCUGCCACCAGAGCUCAGAAGCACGUCCUAUCAUCGUACCAGCUCGGUGUUACAGAGGGAAAACGAAAGAAAUCUGUUCCUGAGGCACAAGCCACCUUCCGGAAGCUUCCGUCGCAGCUGGGCACAGCCCGCGUUGCAGGCAGCCAUUGGAAGCGCUUCCAGGAGACGCUCCCUGGGCCCAGGAUAUCCUCCCCUUACCACCUCCUGGCGGGAGAACGCUUACGAAAAAACUGCCCACCGUCAAGCCGGCUUCAGAGCUUUCUCUCCAAUGUCCAGGCCCUUAAGAAAUACUGAAGUUCAAGUGCAAACAUUCCCUACUAGACCAAGAACUGAAGGCACCAAGGCUGGUGGUUCGGGCCGAGAGUCCACCCUCACCCAGGAGUCCUACCGAGGACACAGGGACAAUGUGGUGGCAGGGGCUUCUGAAAGCACCUGGUCCCACGAGAGGACUGUCAUUUUGGGGAAGAAAACAGAAGCUCAAGUCACAAGAGAGCAGGAGAGAAACAGACCAGGAACCGUCCAAACGAAGCGAGAGGAGAAACUGUUUGAUUCUAAGGAGAAGGCUUCAGAGGAGAGAAACUUGCGGUGGGAGGAGCUGACCAAGUUAGAUAAAGAAGCGAGAAUGAGGGAGACCCAGCAAAUGAGGGACAAGGGGAAGGAGAAGGAGUCGUUGAAGGAGAAACACGUGAGAGAAAGAGAGGUCCCGAUCCGUCUAGAAGUAUCCCGGGGCAGCGCGGCAGAAGGGACCCUGAAGGGCGCCCAGACCCCCCUGCGGAAGGACGCGGGUGGUGGCCCAGGUGGAGGGGUGGGUGCGAGAGAGACGCGGUUCAGGUUGGACACCGGGGACGCCACGGGCUCUCUGAAAGGCGAUUCUGUGACCGAAACCAUAGCAGAAAGCAUCGUGUCCAGUGUCCUGCAGCAGCUCACCCAGUCUCCCGACACGGAAGCGUCUGCGGAUUCUUUUCCGGACACAAAAGUCACCUACGUGGGCAGGAAAGAGCUUCCCGGGGAAAAGAAGACGAAGACGGACAUCGUGGUGGAGUCGAAACUGACCGAGGAAAUCGACGUGACGGAUGAAGCUGGCCUGGACUACCUGUUGAGCAAGGACGCGAGGGACAAAGUCGGGCUGAAAGGAAAACCCACCGAGCGGAUGAUCGGAGACAUUAUCAACCUCGGUCUGAAAGGGAGGGAGGGGAGAGCCAGAGUGGUCAACGUGGAGAUCACGGAGGAGCCCAUGAGCUACGCAGGCGGCGGGGAGGUGCACGAGUUUGCUACCCCGUUCCACGUGGAGGAGGCCGACGACAUUUCUCCGGGCUCCAAGGGGCUGGUCUCGAAGGAAGGUUACAGAGAAACGGAGGUCACGUUCUCCACGAGUCGACGUGAGGAGGCCAAGCCGCCCCAAGAGAGCGUAACUCACGUUGAAGAAGUGACAGAGGCAGGUGACUGGGAGGGAGAGCAGAGCUAUUUUGUGUCCACCCCCGACGAGGCCCCGGAGCACGAGGCCGGGGGUGACAGGGACGAAGGCUCCGUGUACGGGCAGAUCCACAUCGAAGAGGAAUCCACCAUCCGGUACUCCUGGCAAGAUGAAAUUGUGCCGGUGUCUCGGCGAAGACGGGCGAGGGACCAGGAUUUGGGAGAGAAGGUUGUGGAGCCACCGGCUGUUCCAGAACCUUCCCUGACGGGGCACGUGGGUUCUCCGCACUGGAUAGAACAAACCAGCAGUGGCGAAUUCCAUGCCGAAACCACGGUGGUUGAAAAGGAGAUUAAAAUACCCCAUGAACUGCACAUGUCCAUUAAGAGAGACUUUAGAGAGCCCAGGCACCAGCUGGUGGAGGUCAUCGGGCAGCUGGAGGAGAACCUUCCGGAGCGGGUGAAGGAGGAGCUCUCUGCCCUCACCUCGGAGGGCCAGGGCGGGCUGGGGAACCUUUCGGUUGAUGUGAAGAAAGUCCAGACCUCGGGCGGGGAGGCCGUGACCUUGAUGGCGGAAGUCAACCUCUCGCAAACCGUGGAUGCCGAUCAGUUGGACCUGGAGGAGCUGAGCAAAGACGAGGCCGAUGCCAUAGAGAAAGCCGUGGAGUCCGUGGUGCGAGACACCUUGGCCAAGCGACACAGCCCAGCGCCAGGGAGCCCCGACGCGGACCCUGCAGUGGCAGCCCCCACCUUUGGCUUCAGGCGCUGGGCCACCCAGGAGCUGUACAGGCCCUCCGAUGGGGACAGUGGCCCGCCCUCUCAGGGCACAGAAAGGGUCCCUUCGCACGGGCCAGUGUCGGCCACCGUGGAGGUCACCAGCCCGAGGGGCUUCGUGCAGUCACACGUGCUAGAGGACGUGGCCCAGUCUGUGAGACACGUUACAAUAGGCCCCGCUGGGGUUUGGGGGACUGAGCGAGGCCCCCCCAAAGCACCCCCUGCAGGAGAGGUAAGUUGGGAAGGCGGCCUGCGUCAGGCAUCCAGCUCGGCAGAGGGAGCCAGCUGGUCCGUGAGACACUUUCCGUUAGAUCCUGGUCAAAGUCAAGCGUCCCAAGAAAUCUUCUUCCGGGGGCCAGUCCCUGCUGCUCGGGACGUGGGGGCCACCGAAGAGCCCCGCCCCACAGAAGUCUCCGCAGACACCGACAGGUCGGGCAGCCGCAGUGGGUUGGGCUCCCAACAGUUUCACGCUCAACGGGAAAGGACUUUUCAGGUCCUGUUCUCUGGGCCAGGGGAGGGUGGUGAUUCUGGUCAAACAGAAGACUCAGCGGGUGCCCUGACUUCUGUAAGGCACCUCCAGUUAGGCCCAAGAGAGGGGUUCAGUGAGCAAAUCCAGGUUACAGUCCCGCUUUCAGACACAACAGACUCGGGUGUCGGAGGGGCUUCUGUGCACACGCGAGAGUGGUCAGGGGCCAGCACGUCUGUCAGGCACGUCACAGUCGGCUCUCACAGUCUCCAGACUACUGAGCAGAGGGGUCUGCGGCCUGGGGGAGUGGGCGACUCAGACAGCAGUGCCCCCGGAGAGGGCUCAGCAGAUGGGACCUGGGCCGCUCGCAGUUACUCCGUGGGUAGGACAGUCCUGAUGACUCAGAAGAGCACCUUCCAAGGGUUCGAGUCCCAGUCUCCCCAGGAGGCUGGUGGGGGAGACACGUCAGGGGCAGAAGAGAUGGCGGGCGGGAGCAGAUCCUUCAGGCACAUUCAGCUAGGUCCCUCAGAAACCGUGACCUCCGAACGCGUUGCCUUCCACCGGCCCGUUUCCCCAGCCUCAGCCCUUGCCGGGUCUACCGCCCCCCCUGAGCCGGGCGAGGCCGCAGAUGGCGGGUCACUAAGGCGCAUCGCACUGGGGCCCAAAGAAACCUCGUUUACCUUUCAGAUGGACGUGAGUCACAUAGAGGCGACCCCCAGCUGGACCCCAGAGGCCAGAGCCCUCUUCCCUGCCGGGACGGAAGCGGAGGCUCACGGUGGAACCUGGAGAGAUGCUGGCCGUGGGGGGGACCGGGCGGCCGGUGUGAGUGCUCAGAGCCAGGAGCAGGCCGAGUUCGAUAGGGCCGUGCAGCUGCAGAGAAUGGUAGACCAGAGGUCGGUGGUCUCGGAUGAAAAGAAAGUGGCCAUCCUCUAUCUAGACAAUCAGGGGGAGGAUGAUGAGGGCCACUGGUUUUGAUAACUGUUUCGUUUGCAAUGGCAUCUGAUUUCGCAGUGUGCCAACACACACAGGCCUUUACUUAUUUUAGGGGAAGGGGGCUCCUUCUUAAAGCGUCACCCCCCUUCUUUUUAAUUUCUCCAACGAGUGUUCCGGGCGAGGCCGACUAACUUUGUGACCUUUUAAGGGUUUCAAAUUGAUUCACGCCUUAAACGGCAUAGGAAUCUUAUCUUUUUGAGUUGGGACUUUUAUGAAAAUACUUCGUAUCUUUUUAGUCUUAAAAAGUUCCUUUUUUGGUGGAGUGUUCACUCCUCGGAUCAGUGUGCACCUGGUCACAGAAAUGCUUCGCACCUGUUUGAAGCCCUAGGUAAACUGCCUGAAGAGUAACCAGAUUACAGUUACUUAGGAUUAAAGAGUAAAUGUAUUUGCAUGUGCUCAUAAGAAUUAGUAAACUAACCUUUUAAGGCAAAACAAAAGCCAAUAUUUUUUUCCCUUUCUGAAGUCUUCUCUCAAAAAGAAAUCUUAGGAAAUGAGCAGACGGCUUACUAAUGAAAAGAAAUCUAAAGGAUUUCACCUUUAGGAAAAAGGUACUUGUCAUAGAGUUAAAUUCACUUUAAGACAUGAAAGAAUUGCUUUCUACGCAUAGAACUUUUAAAACAUAUAGCACGUUACUCCUGGAGAGGACAGCUCCAGCCCGGGCCCUGUUGGCCCAGGUUCUGGGGACCCUGCCCCGGACCCUUGUGGAGGGGAAGCGAUCACUGUGAAUCAGUCGCUCAUGGUACCAUUUCUUCCUGGUGGCCCUGGGUCUAAAUAACGCUUUUUUUGGGCAUGACCUAAGUUCUGGAGCCGCCAGCUCUCAUCAGGGGACACUUGAACUUCUCUGCACUCUCCCUGCACAUAAACAUCUGACGUCACUGGUGGGAGGCAGACCCUGGAGACAGUAACGAGAAUGUUGAUGUUGGGCUGUUGCCCGGGGCCGUGGGCAGUGGAGUCAGAAGCCUUGGGUGAGCGGUGCCGCCCCUGCUGCCCCCCACCCCCACCAAGGACCCCUUCUCCACCCACUGCCAACCCAGUGGGCAUCUCUGAGCUCAAAGCGGGAGAGAUGAAAAAGGACAACCAACACGGAAGUCCUUGCACUUUUAACGGAAGUCCGUAGAGGGAGGUGGUUUUGUACAAGAGAACAAAGAACAUGUUAGGUGGGAUAAGAUAUUUUUGGGGAAGGGACUGGGGGCCCUUCCCAUGGCCCAGCACUGAAGCCUCCAGGAGAAGCCCACUCCCUCGGUCCCCAGCACAGGCACCCACGGAUCUGUCCCACUGCCUUCAGGGCAUUGGAAUGAGUGUGUUCUGGUGGCUCUGUUUCAUUUUCCUCGCGGUAUUGUGCGGUAUUGUUUUUACAGCUUCCACCCUUAAAGGCGCAGCAUGGCGUCAGAACUAGCGUCUCUAGCAGCACAGCGGUGUUCUAACCCAAGUUAGUCCUUGGCACGGACGUUGUCCGAACUAUGCUUCCUCUAACACAGUCUCAAGGACUGCCUGCAGUGCAGAGAGCAGUGGCCGGGGCUCUGUCACCGUCUUGGAGGUUAUAUGAUUGGUGGGGGGGGUGGUGAUUAUAGCAUUUGAGGUUCCUCUCGGGAUUCCACGUGGUGGCCCUCGGACCCCAGAAAUGCACGUCUCCUCAGUGCCCCAAAACGGCUACAGCAGACAGUUUAGGAAGAGUUUGUGUUCUUUAUUGAUAUGAGGGAAAAAGCACAGUACACCUUUGGGGGGUGAUCUGAUUGAAAAACCACUCAGAAUUGGGGAUAGAAAGUAGGUUUGAAAGGCUACGGUGCACCUUUGUUACCUGCCGGGUGAACUGGUGGCUGUCAGCACCUGGUGGGGAGGUGAGGGCUUUGCAGAGCAAGACUUCUCCCUUCUAACAGGCAGAGACAGGCUGAUUUUGUUGGCUGCCGUUGCAACGGUGUGUGCGUGUAAGGGGUUUAUUGGCGAGAAUUUGGUUGGGGCCGAGGCCUACUGUUUUGACGGCUGGACAGACUGAGGGGUUGGCAGUGUGAGCCUGAGUGGCUCCCUUUCAUGUUGCUGUCACAGCUCAGGACCUUGUCAGUGGGUGCCAGCACGCACAGGUUAAUACUGUGUUCCACUUCUCUUUGGCAAAAUAAAUAUCUGAGAUCUGAACUCCCGUCGCCAUGGGGCGAGGAGCUGCCUUUGAGAAGCAUCUGCCAAAAGUAUGCACAGAACCCACACAGAACCGAGAGCUGCCGACGGCCACUGCACCUGGUCACUUGGGAGCAGGGCGUGCCCUGAGCACUGUGACAGGUCACCCCCCAGCUGUGUGCCCUUCGAAACCUGUCACUCCAGAGACAAUAGGCCUCAGCUCUGUGGUCGUUUGGGGGCGAGGACACAGCCUUUUCCUAUUGAUUGUUGUUCAGAAUGGCAGUAUGGAUGAGAUGUCGCUCACCUCCCCACUGCUUGUUUUGAUGCUGUUUGUUCAACAUGUAUAUUUGGAGUGGAGUCACCUAAAAAGCUUAUCUUGCCAACCUCCUGUUCUCUACAGAGGGGCAUGUCACAGAAUGUGCACAAAUAAAAAUCUAAGGAAAACAAAA